AUAAUACCCCUCUUUGGAUUGUGAGCGUCAUACAUUAACUGUCACAAUGAGCGCAACUACUACAACUACCGAACCCCCUAGAAUUACGGCGGAAAAUGUUGCUACUCUCUUCCCAGAGGUCGAUACUUCUUUGGCUCGCGAAGUCCUCCCCAAAGCUGACGGCAAUCCCUCCGCCGCUAGCAGCAGCGAGCUGGCAGGUUACGACGAGGAGCAAGUCCGUCUGAUGGAUGAAGUAUGCAUCGUUCUGGAUGAUGAUGACAAGCCUAUCGGAAGUGCCAGCAAGAAAAUCUGCCACCUCAUGACCAACAUUGACCGGGGCCUUCUCCACCGUGCCUUUUCCGUGUUCCUCUUCGAUUCCAACAAGCGCUUGCUCCUCCAACAACGCGCCAGCGAGAAGAUCACCUUCCCGGAUAUGUGGACAAACACCUGCUGCUCUCACCCCCUUGGAAUUGCUGGAGAGACCGGUUCUGAGCUGGAUGCCGCUAUCUUGGGCGUGAAGCGGGCUGCGCAGCGGAAGUUGGAACAUGAGCUUGGAAUUAAGCCGGAGCAAGUACCCCUGGAUAAGUUCGAGUUUUUCACGAGAAUACAUUACAAGGCUCCUAGCGAUGGAAAAUGGGGAGAGCAUGAGAUCGACUAUAUCCUCUUCAUCCAAGCCGAUGUAGAGUUGGAUCCUAGCGCGAAUGAAGUACGAGACACGAAGUAUGUCUCGGCCGACGAAUUGAAAACGAUGUUUGAGCAGCCGGGGUUGAAGUUCACACCCUGGUUCAAACUCAUCUGCAAUUCGAUGUUGUUCGAAUGGUGGAGCCACCUCGGCUCUCCAACCUUGGAGAAGUACAAGGGCGAGAAAGGAAUCCGGCGUAUGUGAGAUUCUGCUCAACGGAAAAUGGUGAUAUGUUAUCCGUUUGUCUUGCAAUGUAGCGGUAUCUUUCGGCUGUUUCCGCCCGCUUCCUCGAAUUAUGAUACCAUGGCAUGGGCUAGUCAAAUGCACUAUUAAUGUAUGAACAGGACUUAUUUUAUGUUUCUAGGUACCUAUCUUCAUUUACUGGGGGCUAGUGACAGAUCCCUUCUC